AUGUUUCCUUCAGCGAUCUCACCUUCUAGGAGAAAUAAUAAUCAUAAUUUACAAGAAGAAAAUCAACAUUAUAAGGUUAUGCAGCUUCGAUCUUUUUCCGUUGGUGUCUUCAAAGUUCUUGAUACUAGGCAAGUUAUUCAUCGAUGGCUUUUCUCUUGGGUUUGGUCGUCACCGUCAACUUUAACCGAAACAUUUCAUGCUCCUAAAAAUUCUAUUGGUAAUUAUAUUGUAACUCUUAUACCAGGUGAUGGUAUCGGACCAGAAAUAUCAGAAUCAGUGAAACGGAUAUAUAAAGCUGCAGGAGUUCCAAUCGAAUGGGAAUCAGUAAGUGUUACUCCUGUAAUGAAAAAAGGAAAAACAGCGAUUCCCGAUGAAGCUUUAAAUUCUAUUAUGAAAAACACGGUAGCAUUAAAGGGACCUUUGGCAACACCUAUUGGGAAAGGACAUGUUUCCCUUAAUCUUACACUCCGGCGUACAUUUAAUCUUUUUGCUAAUGUUCGACCAUGUAAAUCAAUUGUUGGCUAUAAAACUCCUUACGAUGAUGUUAAUACAGUGUUAAUUCGAGAAAAUACCGAAGGAGAAUAUUCUGGAAUCGAACAUACGGUUGUUGAUGGAGUUGUUCAAUCAAUCAAAUUAAUUACUAAAGAAGCAUCUGAGAGAUGUGCACGUUAUGCAUUCGCUUAUUCAAAGGAUAUUGCAUGUAACGAAGUGGCACAGGAUUAUCCAGAUAUUGAGUUCGAUGAUAUGUUAUUAGAUCGUGCAUGUCUUCACAUUGUUCAAGAUCCAGCUCGCUAUUCAGACACAGUUAUGGUCAUGCCAAAUUUAUACGGUGACAUUUUAUCAGAUAUGUGCGCAGGAUUAAUUGGUGGAUUAGGUUUAACUCCAUCAGGAAAUAUUGGGAAGGAUGCUUCAAUUUUCGAAGCUGUUCACGGAACUGCACCUGAUAUCGCGGGAAAAGAUUUGGCUAAUCCAACUGCAUUAUUACUUUCAUCAAUAAUGAUGCUUCGUCAUAUGCGUUUAUACGAACAUGCAGAUUCCAUCGAAUCUGCUGUCCUUAAAACUAUCGCUGAAGGGAAGCACCUUACACGUGAUCUAGGGGGAAAAGCAACAAACACUGAAUUUACAAAUCAUAUAAUCGAAAAUUCAUCAAAUUUGAAUUUGUUUCAAAACUUCUUUCGUGACAUUUUAUCUUUAUCUUCUCGUGAAAUUGAAAUGUCUGACCCAUUAGAAUGUGCUUUAGACCUUACGAGACGUCUUCCUCCUCAAAAUACUGAGGAAAAUCUUUCUCAACUUAUGAAUCUUGUUCCUUCUAUUCAAACUGAUUUAUUUAAUUUAGUUGACCAGCCAUUAAAGGAAGCAUUAUGUCCUAGUGAAGGAAAAAAAUAUUUAUUGUCAGUUUAUAACCGGGAUGGAGAUUCUUAUCGAUCUCCGUGGUCAAAUGAAUAUAAUCCUCCUUUAAAUGAUUGUAUAUUACCUUCCCUAAAAAUACGCAAAUUGGAAGUAGCCGCCAAUGAUGCCUUUGAUACUUAUCGAGAAAUGUAUUAUGAAGGCGGCGUUUCUUCUGCUUAUUUUUGGGAUGAAACAGAUGGAUUUUCGGGUGCUGUGCUAUUUAAAAAGGUCGGUGAUGGGGUUCGAAAAAUGAAAGGUGCUUGGGAUUCGAUUCACGUAUUUAAAGCAAACGAGCGAGGUCGUAUGGCACAUUAUAAGUUAACUUCAACAGUUAUGUUAUAUACCAUUACGGGAAAACCUGAACUUGGACAUAUGAAUUUAUCUGGUAGUAUGACAAGACAGUUUGAAGCUGAUUAUUCAUUUGACGAACCUUUGGCUCACAUAACCAAUAUUGGUCGAAUGGUAGAAGACAUAGAACUUAAAAUGCGCAAUUUACUUCAAGAAGUUUAUUUUGGUAAAACGAGAGAUAUUGUUAAUGAUUUAAGAUCUAUCAAUUCACUUGUUGAAACUCGAAAGCAAGAAGAAAUUCAAAGAGAAUUAGUAGGAAAAUUAAUGGAAAGAGAUAUAAAAAAAUAA